AUGCCUAAACGGAAAGCUGCCGUUGCUAGACUUUCUGGCCUCAUUGGGUCGGACGACGAGGAUGUUUUGGCGACUAGUGCCAAGCAGGACCACGAUGAGCGUCCAACGAAGAAGGCGAGAGGAAGACCUCGAUCGAAAUCGGCAGAGAUGAGAACUCCAGCUCAGCUUAAUGCUGAACCCGCAGCUGCGACAACUCAGGAAACCGAAGCUACCACCGGCAGAAGUACCAGAAGGGGGAGGCCCAAGGGAAGUAGAAACUCGGGCCAGGUAGCAGCACAGGAUGCCGCGAAAAACCAGGAAGCGCCCCCUCGAGAAGAACAUGAUGCGCCGACGCAAGAGACCGAUGGCGAUGACGAGAUCAGCGCGCCGCGCCCUGCUGCAAAGUCGACAAGAUCAACGAAAGGGGCCAGCACUCGCGGAAGGAAGAAGGCUGCCGCAGAGAAACAAGUCAAAACUGACGGCGAAUUUGAAUACACACCGAGAAGUACGCGACAACAGGAAAAGCUUGAUAAAUCUGAGCAGCAACCAGUGUCGGCAGGAGAGUCAACGAGCCGAAAACGACAAAAGUCUGUGACGGGUGCAAAACAAAAUACAACGCAAGUUGAGACGGUACGGGAAGUCGUUGAAGAGACUUUUUUGGGGGAGGAGAUUCCUGCGACCCAACCAGUGUCCCUGUCACCUGCUAAGCGAAGACAAUCCUCUCUGCGUCCUUCACAGGGUUCCCCGUCGAAAAGGAAGUCUGGAGGGGAAGAUGACAAAACUGGCACUGAGCCCGAGCUGCGACGGCGACUUGGUGACCUGAGCAAAAAAUAUGACGCUUUGGAGAAUCGAUAUCGCAAUCUGAAGGAUAUAGGUAUUGUCGAGGCAAACGCUAACGUGGAAAAGCUCAAAAAGCAAUGCGAAUCAAUGACAACAGCCUCGAAUAACCUGAUCACAUCCCUUAAAGCCGAGCUGGAGGCGCAAAAGGCUUUGGGACAGAAAAGCCGCUUGCUUCAGAAGCAGUUGCGCGAGCGAGAUGCCGAGUUGGCCAAAUUGACAGCGGCAACGGAACAAUCGACCAGCCAGUUGACUGCCGCUCAAAAUGAAGUCAAGGCAUUGCAGACGAAACUUGCGGCCGCGCGCAACACCGCGGCCACGCUCGAGCAAUCUGCACUCAAAGCACCAGGGAGUGCGAUCAAGAACCAUGGCGCCAACCGUGCGAAUGCUGCAGUGGCAGCUGAAGCCGCGCAAGCCGCGCAAUUGGCGCAGCUAAAGGAGGACCUCUAUAGUGACCUUACGGGACUCAUUAUCCGUGAUGUGAAACAGAGGGAUGAAGACACCUUGUAUGAUUGCAUUCAGACAGGUGUAAAUGGAACUCUCCACUUCAAGCUUGCUGUUCCUCGCGUGUCAUCAGCAGAUUUCGGAACGGCAGAAUUCCAAUACAUACCUCUUUUGGACGAAAAUCGAGACCGAGAGUUGGUUGCCACGCUGCCUGAAUAUCUUACUGUGGAUAUCACCUUUGUGCGCCAGCAGGCAUCCAAGUUCUAUACCCGAGUAAUUGACGCGCUCACGAAGCGACGCGCAAGCCAGGGAAAUUGA